AUCAGCAUCAGCAUCAGCAUCAGCAUCAGCAUCAGCAUCAGCAGCAGCAGCAGCAGCAACCGCAGAUACACGCACGCAUGAUGCAUACUCUUCGCAACAACAACAGCAGCAGCAGAGAUCUAUGUCCAUGCGUCAAAGCCACGGCAGCAUCAGUACGGAUCCGGCCUUGGCGGGAGUGCCCCUGAAGCAGUCACCCUCGUACCAGAUCGCGUCGUCGCUGCUCAAGCGCACUGGGUCAACAGCCCCCGCCCCUACGCGCAGGGACAGCCAAGAGCAGGUUCCCUCUGGGCUGGACCACAGGCCAACAAGCAGCUCAGUGUCGUCAACGGCGUCCAAGUGGUUCAGGCGCGGGAAGAGCCGCCAGCACAGCAAGGACAAGCUUCCACCAGCCAGCAACUACCAUUUGGACAUGAACUUUAACGAUUUGGGCAACUUUGUCGACUUGGCCAAGGUGCGCCGCCCGUCGAUCACGUCGUCAAUGGGUACGGCCGAGUCAGCGUCGCUGAGCGCAGGCCACGGCACGGGUGACAGCGGCAGGGAGGAUAACGCGGGCGGUAGCACGCAGUUUGCGUCAUCGGACGCUGUCCCAUUGUAUGCUGCUGAGCGGCGGCGGCAACAGCAGCAGCAGCAAGGGUCGGUGUCUGGCAACCGGCCACACCGCAGAUCUGCUGGGUCUGGCACCAGCCCCAUGUUGAAGGAGGCGAUAGUCGCGGGUAACCGCUCGGUGGCAUCCAGCCUCCAGGGCGGUAUCGCGCGCAUGUCCAGCAUGGGGUCGAUGGUGAACACGGACACGUCGACGUCUCAAAAGUCCGAGUCAGUGCCAUGCUUUGGCGAGUACUCAUGGCAGCACCGCGACUCAUCGAUCAAGUCGCGGCGGCCGACGGCAGCGCUGGGCGAGGACGAGGCGGAGAGCGAGUACGAGUACGCAGGGUCGAUUAAUGACCACGGAUCGGUGCGGUCCGUGGCAAACUUCGAGGACAAGCAGCAGCCGUAUAUGCAGUUCACAGACCCGUGGGUGGCCGACCGCAAUCAGCGACAGACCAUACACACGGGGAACUCGGACAUUAUGCUGUCGUCCCCGGUUGACCGCCGCAACCAGUCGCUGAAUAACCUGCGCGGGCCUGGGCGGCCUCAGGCCGAGCACGCCGAGCAUGCGAGCGGAGGCGGCGGCGGUGCGCUCAGGGCCGAGUACACGCCGCGCAAGUCGGAGCCGUGGGCGCCACCCGAGUCGUGGGCCGUGCUACCGACGGCGCAGGAGGGCGUCGACGAGGCCGGCGCGGCAGCCGGGCUGUCCAACGACCCAGUGCCCGACGGCGACGGCGCGUCCAGCGACAGCGACGUAUCGGACGAUGGAAGCAUGUACUCGCUGCGCAUCUACAAGGAGGACUCGACGUUCGGCACAUUCCACUGCCGGCUAUCGACGACGACGGCCGAGUUCAUGAGCAUGGCGGCCAAGAAGUUCUUCAUCCCUGACAUUACGCGCUACUGCUUGUACAUGCAGAAGGCCAAUGGGCUGGACCGCACCCUGGGCCCGACCGAGCGGCCGGCCAACAUUCUCAAGAAGUACCUGGAGCAGAUGGGGUACCGGCCCGAGGACAACAUCACGCUGCAGGGCCGCGAGGACAACAGCUACCUGUGCAAGUUUUCGCUGUCCAAGGCAGCCAUCCCGCGCGUGUCGCCGCAUAUCGAGGUUGAAGUCAGCUCGUUCCAGUACAUCGACCUGCGCGCGCGCAAGCUGCAGACCGUGCCAGUCUUCCUGUACGCGCACGCCAGCAAGAUCGUGUCGCUCAACAUGUCCAAAAACCCCGGGCUCAACUUCCCAGCCGACUUUGUCCAGCUAUGCAGCAGCCUGCGCGAACUGCGACUCGCCACCUGCCAGUUCUCGCGGUUCCCCAACAGCAUCCAGUUCUCGCCGGGGCUGGCGUUCCUGGACCUGUCGGGCAACGACAUGCGCCGCAUGCAGCGCGCGCCGCUGGACCGGCUCACGCAUCUGACGACGCUGAUGCUGCGCAACAACCGGCUCGUCGAGCUGCCCGAGUCGCUAGCGCACCUGCGCGCGCUGCGCGUGCUGAACGUGUCCAACAAUAACCUGGCGGCGUUCCCGCUGGUGGUGACGCGGCUGGCAGCGCUCGAGGACCUGGACGUGUCGCUCAACCGCAUUCCCAGCAUCCCCGACGCCAUUGCGGCGCUGGCCAAGCUCGCGCGGCUCAACGUUAUGGGCAACGCGUUGAGUGGCACGCUGCCCGACGGGCUGGGGCGCCUGGCCAAGCUCGAGGAGCUGGACGUGCGCCAGAACAAGCUCCAGGAUUUGGGCAUCACGUCGGAACUUGUCGGCCUGCGGCUGCUGUUCACCGAAAGCAACAUGGUGACGCGCGCGCACAUGGACCUCACGUGCGCCGUGGCUGUCAGCCUGCGUGCGAACAAGCUGACGCAGUUCUACCUGACCAACCUGGCGCACACGCUGGUCAACCUGGAUCUGUCGCUGAACCAGCUGACGGAGCUGCCGUCGGACACGUUCAUGCACCUGCCGAUGCUCGAGCAUCUGGUGCUGGACAGCAACCACAUUGUCAGCAUCCCGUCGUCGGUCGGGAACCUGAGCAAUCUGGUGCAUCUGAGCUGCGCCAACAACGUGCUGUCGCUGAUCCCCAUCGAGCUGACACGUCUGGAGAAGCUGACGACGCUGGACCUGCACAACAACAACCUCAAAAUGCUGCCGCCGGAGAUCUGGCUGAUGCCCAAGCUCUCGUCGCUUAACCUGUCGUCCAACCUGCUCGAGCAGUUCCCGCACCCGAGCAUGCUAGAGAACCUGCGCCGCCAGCAGGGCGCGUCCAGCAGCGUGCGUGCUGUGGCCGCGGCCGCCGCAGCCGCCGUCGCCGCUGCACAGCGCAACGGCACGAAGGCGCCGAUGGGCAACCGCGUGGCGCAGAGCAUCCAGAUGUCGUCGAUCUCGCUGCCCAGCACGCGUCAGACUAGCCCAAUGGCGCGCGCGGCGUCCGAGACCGGCGCCGACUUGGUGAGCCACAACGGCGACUCGCUGACGGUAACGCCACCCGAGCGCAUGCGCAACCGGUCGACCGACGCCGGCCGCGUGCAGCCUCCGCCACCGGUCAAGCGGUAUACCGUAUCGGAUCCGCCGCCACUGUCGCUGUCGCUGCGCGAGCUGCGCAUGGGCGACAACAACAUGGAUGACGAGGUGUUCACGCUGAUGGCGUUUCUGCCCGAACUGCGCGUGCUCAACCUGUCGUACAACGAGCUCUACGACCUGCCGCCGUCGGCCAUGGCGCACAUGCGCAAGCUCAACGAGCUGUACCUGUCGGGCACGCAGCUCAGUACGAUCCCUGAGGAGGAGCCCAAUGCAGCGUUCUGGCGUAGCCUGCGCCUGCUCAACAUCAACGGCAAUAAGCUACAGACGCUGCCAUCGUGGCUGGCCAAGAUCCAUGGGCUCUCUGUGCUCGACGUGGGCAGCAAUGUGCUCAAGUACAACAUCACCAACUGGCCGUACGACUGGAACUGGAACUGGAACACAGGGCUCAAAUACCUGAACUUCUCGUACAACGAGCGCUUCGAGAUCAAGGGCGCGCACCUGCACACUAAGGUGUUUCAUGACCAUGCCAAGCUGGUCGGUGGCAACAGCGGAACGUCGCCCAACGGUGGGCCCGCGCGUGACCUGUUCAACUUUAUUGCCAAGGACCCGCCCAAGUCCGACUGCGUCUCGGACUUUUACCAGCUCAAUGACCUGCGCAUCCUGGGACUCCUGCAGCUCACUAUCAUGGUUCCGCUGCCCGACGAGACGCCCAACCGCCGCAUCCGCACGACCGAUCCGAUCAAGCGAGUGAAGUACGGGAUUGCUGAUACGCUGGGCCACGAGGACCGCGUGUCCUCGUGGGACCUGGCAUCGUCACGCUUCCGCAUGACCGACGACGAGUGUCUUUUCGGCCUAUUCCACGCGCGCGAAAGCACCACAGCGAGCUCGGCCAUCAGCAAGUACCUGUGCGAUAACUUCCUGUACCUGUUCCGCGAGGAGCUCGAAAAAAUCACCGAUCAGAUCCAGAGCGAAGAGGCCGAGUCCAGACGCAGUGGUGCCGAUCAGCACCACGUGUCGUCGGCCGCCGAUUCCAGCGGCGGUGGCAAGAAGGCGGUUAAUUUUGCUGAGACACUGCCGUCGUCGUCCAGCGCGCCUGAGGACAAUGGCAACCGCGCGACGAGGCUCAGCGACGAGCAAGUGCAGGCUGCGCUGCGCCGCACGUUCCUGACGCUCAACAAGGACCUGGGCACACACAAUCGGCAGCUUGUUGCGGCCGCGGCGGCCGCCGAGGUGUACACCGCCCGUACGGCACGGAUGUCGUCGCCACCGGUUCCCGACGAGCCGACUCUCAGCAGCCAGCAUCAUCAGCACCAGCAUCAGCAAACGGCAGUGGCAGCGAGUCAGGCGCACCGCCUAACGUCGGCCGAACUCAACAUGCCCAGGCGCAGCUCCUUCGACCCCAAGGGCGCCGACAGCGCGGCCAGCGACAACCAGUGCGGCUCGACAGCCAUAGUGGCGUACAUCCACGGGCGCACACUGCACGUGGCCAACGUCGGCGACGCACUGGGCGUGGUUAGCCGGCGCGGCACGCCAUUUAUGCUGUCGAAGCGACACGACCCGUAUGACGUCAGCGAGAUCGUGCGCAUUCGGUCGAUCGGCGGGUACAUCACGCAGCAGGGCAAGGUGCAGGGCCAGACGGAUAUCACACGCGCCUUCGGCUACUUCCACCUGCUGCCGUACGUCAACGCCGACCCGACAAUCAUGAGCAUGGAGCUGACCGAGGCCGACGAGUUCCUGAUCAUGGCCAACCGCCCCGUGUGGGACGUUAUCACGCCGCAGAUUGCCGUUGACAUCGCGCGCAAGCACCGCCGCGACCCGCGAUUGGCGGCCGCGCGCGUGCGCGACCAUGUCAUCGCCUACGGCGUGACCAAGAGUAUUAUGGUCAUGGUCAUUGGCUUUGGGCCGAUGUUCACCAAGAACACUGGCCGGCCUAUGCGCGGCUUCAGCGUUCGCGACAGCAUUUACCCGGGCGUCCCCGACAACCGCGCAAAGUACGCGAUUUCGCGCCGCAUGUCGCGCAGCCCCUCUUCGGCCAUGGCGUCCGGCUUUGCGUCGCGCACCAGCGUCUCGCACCCGCUAAGUUCAGCCGACGGCCGCGGCUUCCCUAGCAUGCACCCGAUCCCCGGCGCGCACCAGACGAAUCCGAUCACGCUGCCGCAGAGCGCCGCCUACGAUUUUUCGGACGACUUUGAUGAGUUUUCGGCCGUGUCCUCGUCGCGCACGCGGCGCCAGCGCGACCGCGAUGUCAACGCGCGGCCCGGCGACUCGACUCUGGCGCGGCUCGAGCGCGAGGUGCCACCGCCGGUCGGCGAGGUUGUCCUGGUGUUUACGGAUGUGAAGAACUCGACCAUCCAGUGGGAGACCAACCAGGUGGCGAUGCGCAGCGCGAUCAAGGUACACAACAGCAUUAUGCGCCGAUUGCUCCGGUCCAUUGGCGGCUACGAGGUCAAGACCGAGGGCGACGCCUUUAUGGUCAGCUUCCCAACUGUCGCCAGCGCCCUGCACUGGUGCCUGGCCGUGCAGAUGACCUUUCUCACCGCUGACUGGCCGCAGGAAACGCUGGACUCACCACACGGGUGCCCGAUAUACUGGCCGCCCGACGAUAAUGCUGGCGCCGACGGUGGCAAGGGCGGUCGCUCCAGCGGCACGCACGCUGAGAGCGGGGGCAAGCAUCUGAUCUACCGCGGACUGCGCGUGCGCAUGGGCAUGCACCUGGGCAGCCCAGUUUCGGAGGAGGACCCGAUCACCCGGCGCAUGGACUACUUUGGCCCCAUGGUCAAUCGCGCAUCCCGCAUCAGCGGCGCGGCCGAUGGCGGCCAGGUGUAUGUGUCGCAGGAUGUCAUGGACGAGGUGUACGCUAUCCUGGGCAUAUUCGAGACCGCCGACCAUAAUGGCAUCACAGAUAUGAGCCAGAUCAUUGACGAGCCGUCUUUGGCCCGCGACGUCCAGGCCCUGAAGAACCUCGGCCUGUGCGCUAUCCAAGUUGGAGAGAUCAAGCUCAAGGGUCUCGAGUCACCCGAGUUUGUGUCCAUGGUUUACCCCGCCCAGCUCCGUGGUCGCAUCGACAUGCAGAUCCAGGAGGAGGAGGAGGAGCAGCAGAAGCAGAAGCAGAUCCUGCUCGAGCAGCAGCAGCAGAAGCAGCAGCAGCGGAAGAAGAAGCUGCAGCACCAGCAAGGGAUAUCGCAGCGCGAGGCAUCAUCGGCCAGUUUCAAGCUAGCCAACAGCAAUGGCUCUAGCAAGCAUCUGGCCUCGUAUGCCAACCUGCCCCACUCGUUAUCUGCGAGCCAGCUCCAGCGCCCGUCUAUCGAUGAUGGUUCCCUGCUUGAGUACUCCGAGUCCGCGUACAGCCCCUAUACGGUCUCGACGCGGUCAUCGCCCCGCGGAUCGUUCAGUCGGCCGACGCCCACGCAGGCGCACCAACGCAAUAUGCGCGAGCUCUCGAUGGAGCUGGCGGCAGUGACCAGCAGCACCGAGGCCCGCAGUCGGUUGCGGCAGAUCGGCGACAUGCCCCUGUGGUCGGCACCCAUCACUCGACGCUCCGUAUCUCUUCUGCAGAACAAGGUUCUCGGACCCGAGAUCCUCGAGUGCGUCGGCGAGGACGCUAGCGGCGGCAAUAGCAGCAGCCUGGACGAAGACAGCUACCACUUGGUGCCCGAGAUUGAGAUUGAGGACGGCGAUGUGGCUGGGCGCAAGUUCAGCGACCGCAGCAGUGUUGCGAGACUCGGCCUGGGAUCUGUUUUUUCUUUGAGCCCGCGUCCGUCAGUGUUCAUGCCCCCGUACUACGCGUACUUGCAUGGAUCAGCUGGCUCGUCGCCCAUGUGGAGCCGUCAAGGGUCUGUCUCGUACUUUGGCAACCAGCCGAUGCCCCCCGCUUAUGCGUGGCAAAACGCAACGGCGCCGGGAAUUCGCCAGCUGUCGCGUAGCAGCGUCGACAUGUCUCUGGCCGCCCGUGCCGCUGCUGCAACUAACAGCAGGAUGAAUUCCGUGGACAUGCGCGCAAUCGACCUUGUCCAACUCGAGCUGCUCUACCGGCUCAUCUACCGGCUACAGAUCCUGGCCGUCGAACCGGACACUGAAAUGGUCCUGCCGUCCUUCGAGUACUUUGUCGUGCAUAGGGUCGAUGACCUGGCUUCCUACCGAAUUCACCGCGCGUCCACAGUCUCAGUUGCCAGCCUGCCGCAUCAUCAGCCGAUUGCGUCCAAAUACAAGCGCCAGUACCACGCUGACCAGCAGCCCAGCAUCUCGUCUAUCGAGGAGAUACCGGAGGACCAUGUUUCAGGCGAAAGCAGGGAUGGCUAUUUCGGUGACACGUCGCAGCAGCCCACGUCCUCGGAAGUGACUGGGUCAUCGACGGCGAUUGAGCCAAGCAGCGCGCAGCCGAGAUCAGCAUCGCCGACGCUGAUACAGCAUGCGGCUGCGCACACGCCGCUGUCGCACAGACACACACAGUCAGCGUUGGCCGCUGUCACCCCAUCGCAGUUGGAGGAUUCGUCGGAGAAGGCCACCCAUGCUGCGCAGCAGCUCCCCUUAGCGCUCAAUGAGCCGCCUGUUCCGCUUUAUUUGGCCGAGGAUAUGUCGCACCAGCAUCUGGUCGCUAUAUUGGCCAUGUUGGUUCGUCAGAUCGAAUGCGCGGUCGAUUCCCUGGAAACGCGGCUAGUUGGGAAAUCAAGGCCUGCGGGUGCGGGUGUGGGUGCGAAGUUUGGGCUGGAGGCGCGUAAUGAUAGCAAGAUGGAUGAGGAUAUUGUGGGUAAUCGUGCGUUAAGCCUUGCGCUUGAGCAGGUUGCUAAUGCUAGUACUUGGAAACGCGGAGGACUGGAUAGUGUUGGGUUUGAGUGGACGCCCGAGCACAUUCUUUGUGCGUUAGAGGCGUAUGCCAAUAAGCUUGAGCAGAUGGACUCGCUUUGAACGGAAAAUAAUAAUAUUCUAUUAAACAUUUAUGCCACGCUUUUAUGUCGUUUUAUUUUUACAUUUACAUUUAUUUGUUUGUUUGUAAGUGUAAGUGUAAGGAAUAAAAUAAACAAUAUCGGAAUAAGAGCAUACGAUUAGACAUUGCGCCUGCGCGCUGCAAAUUUAAGUCAUGUAACAGAGAACAGUAGCUUUUGUUUUGUAUUUUUGUUUUUGAGGACACAUGGCAUACCAGGGAGCACUCUGAGCUGGUAAUCAUUUUACGUUUAUAUUUCAGAAAAUGAUAAGUACGAUUUAGAACAGUG